GUGCAACAUCAAGAGAGGGGUCCCAGACGGACCCAACCAGAGCUGGCGUUAGGCCACCAAGGAGGUAGGGGACCGAGGACGCGGUUUCAAUCUCACGCCGAGCCCAACGCGCCUGUGCAGGGUAGAGACCGCCCCAUCCACACCUCGGGGGCGGAAGCUCGGGCGCCCCGAACCACGUGGUCGCGGGCGGAGCGGGGCGGGGCGCGCGGGACGUGCUGCCGCGUCGUCACCAGCUGAAUGGGCGGCGGCGGAGCAUGUGUGUGCGGCUGAGGCUGCUGCCCGCCCGGGACGUGGAGAGUGCAUGCCUCUCCCGGGCCAGACCGUGAAGCCGGAGAGGACGUGGCGGCGGCGGAGGAGGGGGAGAGCAGCGGGAGGCAGGCUGGGCAUCCCUCUCCGGGGCUGGAGGGCCCCGGCUUGGCCGGGAUUAUGGCAUCGCUUGCGGACCGAAUGCGAGGCAACGGGCGCAUCGCCGCUGGGCUCCUGCUCAACCUCCUGGUGUCCAUCUGCAUCGUGUUUCUCAACAAAUGGAUCUAUGUGCACCACGGCUUCCCUAACAUGAGCCUGACCCUGGUGCACUUCGUGGUCACCUGGCUGGGCUUGUACAUCUGCCAGAAGCUGGACAUCUUUGCCCCCAAAAGUCUACCGCCUUCCAAACUCCUCCUCCUGGCCCUCAGCUUCUGUGGCUUCGUGGUCUUCACCAACCUCUCUCUGCAGAAUAACACCAUAGGCACCUAUCAGCUGGCCAAGGCCAUGACCACGCCGGUCAUCAUAGUCAUCCAGACCCUCUGCUACAAGAAAACCUUCUCUACCAAAAUACAGCUCACGCUGAUUCCUAUAACCUUAGGUGUAAUCCUAAAUUCUUAUUACGAUGUGAAGUUUAAUUUCCUUGGAAUGGUGUUUGCUGCUCUUGGUGUUUUAGUUACAUCCCUUUAUCAAGUGUGGGUAGGAGCCAAGCAGCAUGAAUUGCAAGUGAACUCCAUGCAGCUCUUGUAUUACCAGGCCCCCAUGUCCUCCGCCAUGUUGCUGGUCGCCGUGCCCUUCUUCGAGCCAGUGUUCGGAGAAGGAGGAAUAUUUGGCCCCUGGUCACUGUCUGCAUUGCUUAUGGUGCUGCUUUCUGGAGUAAUAGCUUUCAUGGUGAACUUAUCGAUAUAUUGGAUCAUUGGGAACACGUCACCAGUCACCUAUAACAUGUUUGGACACUUCAAGUUCUGCAUUACUUUAUUUGGAGGCUAUGUUUUAUUUAAGGAUCCAUUGUCAAUUAAUCAGGGUCUCGGCAUGUUAUGCACAUUAUUCGGCAUUCUCGCCUAUACCCAUUUUAAACUCAGUGAACAGGAAGGAAGUAAGAGUAAACUGGUACAGCGUCCAUAAUUAGGUUUUGGUGGAGAAGAGAAAGUCACCCCAGGAAGAUUUUUAAAAAUGUUAAUUGAGUGUGCAAGUUACUUUUCAUAGAAGAGGAAAAAUUUGUAUCGCAAAAUUCACUGAAUGAUGGUUUGCAAGAAGUAACACAAAGGAAAUUUUAUUCAUAAAUAGGACUUUCUCUUUUAGAAUACCUCUAAGACCAUGGCUCAUGCUUCUUUUCCAGGACUGGUUAUAUGAAGUCUGUCGGAUGAUUUGAUUAUACCAAAUGAAAUACAUGAAAUUAAAGUUCUAUAAUAGGGACAGAGGGGUCCAGAUCACCGCACUACACAUGUAUCGUGGUUUGUAAGUGUUCAGACCCUUCUAAGGAAGGACAGCAAGGACUCCUCUGCUUACUUAUAGGUUGCCCCCAGUGUGAGCUCUUUUAUAAUUUCAGCCAAAGUGUUCGAGUCAGAAUUUAAAUCUAGCGUUUCUAUUUUAGUUUGUCUAGUGUAACUUCCUGCUUAUUUCACUAACGGGAAUGAAAUAGCAUGUAUAGAAAGCAAAGCAUAGGAAAGAAGCCCAUAAGAAAAAAUCCAAAUCUAAAAGUACCAUUUUUUUCAGAGAAAAUGGAUAGGAGAAGUUACAUGUUAUCCAGAACACUGCAGUUGCUAUUAGUAUUCUCUUGUUUCUGAGCUCUCAGUGAACUCUAGAAACUAUCGGAUGUUAAAAAAACA